GACAAUUUGCAAAUGGACCGAAGUAUACGGUUAUAAGUCCAGACAGACUUUACAACUGUUCGAAAUCAGAAGCUUAUUUUUAACAGAGCUGUGACUUAUCUAGAAGCCAAUACCCUGAAUCUAAAAUUCAGUUUACCCUUUUUGGUUUUAAGAUGAAAUUUUAAAGUUAAUCCGCCAUCCGAUAUGCAUACCCAGUAUUCAGCCGUUGAACCACUGGAAGGCAGUUCCCCUAUCUGGGACUAAGAUUCAUCUGAUGCGAUUUAAAAACAUUAGUUUUAAGUGCCGCGUAUUCAACCAAGUAAUGAUUUUAUCUAGCGCAACUUAAAGUAAGAAGGAAGCUUCAAUUAGAUCUGAAUGAAUAGCCAAGAAGUAUCAUCAGAUUACGUGGUUAUUUUAUAUAUCUUCUGUUUCUUUCGUCAUCUGAAGGUAUAAAGUGUAAAUACAAUACGGAACGUGAUUAAGCACUGAGCACAGCGGAAUUCUGCUAUUAAUCUCGUGGAAAACGGAACGUGGAAGAUUAUUUUCAACAAUCUUGUAAUAAAUCGUCAAAAGACGAAUGUACUAUGGGGUAUUUUCUGGAAAACCAGGACCACUACAUCCCUGAUGUCCGUUGAUCGGAUGUGCGUACGAUGCGCGAGGAGGAGCUGGAGGUGGCCCUGAAGGUGGUGAUCGUCGGUGACGGCGGAGUCGGCAAGUCCAGUAUGAUACAGCGCUACUGCCGCGGCACCUUCACCAGGGACUACAAGAAGACCAUCGGGGUCGACUUUCUUGAGAGACAGAUCGAGAUAGACGGCGAGGAAGUCCGACUGAUGCUGUGGGACACGGCGGGCCAGGAGGAGUUCGACGCGAUCACCAAGGCGUACUACCGCGGCGCCCACGCCUGCGUGCUCGCCUUCUCCACAACCGACCGAGACUCUUUCUUAGCGCUGCACUCCUGGAAGUUGAAAGUGGAGAAUGAAUGCGGCGAAAUACCAACGAUAAUCGUUCAAAAUAAAAUCGAUUUAAUGGAUCAAUGUGUGGUUGGACCAGACGAGGCGGAGCUAGUGUCGCGCGCGCUCGGCUGCCGGCUGAUGCGUGCGUCGGUGAAGGAGGACGUGAACGUGGGCGCGGUGUUCCGGGCGCUGGCGGCGCGCUGCCUGGCCGACGCGCGGCGGGACGACGCCGACGCCGCCAGCCGCUGCGUCACGCCCGCCAUAGGUACUUUCGCCAACCACAAUAGCAACGGGACGAUAUUACUGCGGCCGACGAAGCACCGGGCUGGUGCCAAGAAGAGAAACGUCCUCAAGAACGCGUGUAGAAUAUUGUAGUGCUUACUGAGGUAGUUCGAACGUUCCUUUUGUUUGACCGGUGCAGAUACAGGGAGUGGCGAUGGUAAAAUUUAAUUUCUUAAUUAUAGAGGAGAGAGUGGGAGAAAAUUAUCAAAAUAAAUAUUCUGUAGGUAGGUACCACCCUACUUGGGCCUUCCGGUUUGAAGGGUGGGUCAGCCGUUGUACGUUGAGACUACGGCCUCAUGUCUCAAGGCAGAGGGCUUUCACGUUGUGAGGUCUAUUAACCUGUGUAUUGCAUAAAAAAUUUAAAAACAGUAAACAUUGCUAAGAAAUGUAUUUCUUUGUAAUGGAAUUUCAUGACGUGUAUAUAGUUAAUACAUAUUUUGCACGUUAUUUAUUAACGUUACAUAUCGCGACUUAAGAAUUGAAGUGUCUCAAUUCAAAAUUCUUGUUAUUUUGGUAAACAUAAAAAAUGUAAUUGAAGAAUUGUAGUUUUUCACGGUUUCAGAUUUUAAUACUUUCAACCUUAUUGCGCAUACCUUAAAGUUUAAAGUAUGCGCUUAAUUUAAAAGAGACGGCCAGUGUCAGUGCUCUGUUCUUUUCUAAACUAAAAUAUAAAUUUAAUUUUUAAUUUUAAAAAUUUCGUUUUGUAAUCUUAUAGAAUACACAGCAACACAUUUGUAAGUCGUUCAAACUUAUAUUCUUAAAAAAUUUUAGUUAGGCCACUUCAAUUCUAAAGGUGACAUGUAUGAGUAUCUAACAGAAUGUUUUAAAGUAAUUAAAAAUACAAGACGACGGAUUGAUUUAAAAUUUUGCAAACGAGAAAAUACAAUAAUUUAAUUACUUUUUUUUUUUAAUACUCUGACCAAGAUUACCAGAAAUUAUCAUUUGAAUCCUUAAUUCGGUUUGCUUUUGGAGCGUGUUUUUUAAGUCUUUAAACUACUUUUAAUGUUGUUUUGGUUUGAGAGACGACUUGCGUGGUUCGACUUUUCAUUUGGCAUUGUAUUUUAUUAUAAAAUUUGUAAUUGUAAAAUUAAAAACAUCCGAUGAAUAUAUAACAAAUAAAUAUAUAUUCUUAGUUUAUUACUUUUAAAAAAAAAAUACGAAUUUAAAUCCGUGUGUCACAAUGUUAAAAUUUAAGUGUUUUAUUAUAAGCUUUGUGUUUUAGAUGUUUUCGUACUCUGUAUAAAUCAUAGAUAAUAGUCGUAAGUUUUUUGUAAAUGUUAGCACAGAUUCGUUUGGUAAUAUUAUAGGAUACCUUUGAAUAAAAACAGCUCGGGAUUUUUUAUCUAUUUAUCUGGCGAACAAUCAGUGUGCUUAUUACGAGGUUUUUUUCACCUUAUCCAUAGCGUCAAAGUUAAUUCAAAUUUAUAUACAGUUGGAUCAGCGCCCCUGGCGGCAAACGUAGGCAAACUUUCCAACUUCAUACAAAUUUGAGUUAACUUUUACGCUAUCGAGAACGUUAAAAAACUCGCACUAAGCCAUAGACGAGACUGGAGGUAAAGUGAAAGCGUUCACUCCGAAGAAAUCAAUAAAUUGGCAGAAGAAUAUAUCCUCUUAUUGCUUAAUAAUAUUCAGCGCCAAACAUCAAAUUGAUUUGAUUUAGUAAUCGAUUCAUAAGCUUUUGAUAAUAUAGGUUUUAAAAAAAAAAGCCACGAACGAGUAUUUCAUCAACCGUUUACAAUAUAACCGUUAAUAUUGUUUGUAGAAAAAUGUUUAGAAAUUUGAUCUAUUAUAAUUGCUAUCACAAGCCGGAAACAAUGAAAUACUAUUGUUGUCGGUAAGGACGGUUUGAUAGUACUCAUGUGGUGAGUAUUGGCGAAGUGGAGCUGUGCACAAUAGGCCACAAAUCACCACCCUGCCUAUUUCUGCCGUGAAGCAGUAAUGCGUUUCGGUUUGAACGACGGGGCAGCCGUUGUACUGUUAAAAGUGAGACUUCAGAACUCAUGUCUCAAGGUGAGUGUCGGCAUUUACGUUAUAGAUGUCUAUGGGUUCCGGUAACCACUUAACAUCAGGUGGGCCGUGACUCGUCCACCAAUCUAAGCAAAACAAAGUAUAUUAACUGCGUUAUAGAAUAUGGGCUUUGUGGUAGUACAUAUGUCGUAAAAGUCGACCAAUCUACAGGGUGUUGUAUCAACGUGACGGUGACGGUUGUUCCCAUAGCGUAACAUGACGUCAUUGAUUAUGGCGCUAAAAGGGUUUUCCUACCCCCACUCAACCGACCACAAAACAAAAAAUCAAUGCUCAACAAACACUAGUGUGCUUAGUGAGAGUUUUUUAACGAUCUCGAAAGCGUAAAAGUUAGAAAGUUUGUCAGCGUUUGCCGCUAGGGGCGCUGUUCCAACUACAUACAAAUUUGAGUUAACUUUUACGUUAUCGAGAACGUUAAAAAGCUCGCACUGACCACACUGAUGAAUACGCGUAAUUAUUUUAGCUGAUCACUACGUAUACUUGUAAAUAUUGAAGUGUAAUUUUGUACAAUUUUAAAUAAAUUAUUAUUAAAA